UCUCUAUUUGAAAAUGUCAAGUAUUCGAACCUACUUCUAUUUUGUGUAAUUCAGAAAGUGGAUUUAUAAAAGUUUUUAAUUACUUGGGAAAUGUGUUGAACGAUGCCCUGUCACAUUUUAGUAUUCAGAUAUGAUGAAGAGAACCCUUGAAAGAUCUAACAGAAGACGACGAAAAGCAGAAGGUGUAGUAGAUGGGUUUCUACAGCCCACCAAAAUGAAGGCUUACCUAGGAGCAAAGGAAAUCAAAAUCACAUGGCAGCCCCCUCUUCACACUAGAAGAGGGACCAUGGCUUAUCAAGUAGAAUGGCGGGAAAAAUCAAAACCAGCCGCUGUGACAAAUAAAGCAGAAACAAAAGGACAUACGUACACUAUCACACACCUUCAGGCGAACACAGAAUACGACGUACGGGUGCUGGCUUAUCCACCUGGAGCUAUGCCCACCAUACCUGAGGAGGGAAACAAAGCUGAAGUUCCACCAAACUUAGAUGAAAUUCAGCAGCAACAAGUGCAAAAGAUCCCUGAAGGGUCCAUCAUCGCACAAGCAGGGACCGAAUUUGCUCUGAUGCAAGCUAAAAUAAAGGAUGCAGAGAAAAUCAUCCAGUCAAAGCCUGCAGAACUAGAAGCUGUCGACGAAGAUUCUGAUAACGAAAGUACAACUACGUCAAGGCGGGUUGAUAAACCUCCUAUAUUGGUACCUAAACGGAAAGAGCCCAAGAAAGUUGUGUUCAUUAUUCUAAAUGAUCUCUUCAAGAAAAGUAAACCACUUCCCAUCUUAAAGAAAACCUUAGCAAAUUUGCUAAAACUGUUUGAAAGAGACAUGAUUGUGAAAGAUGACCUCAUAGUAAAACUUCACAAUGGCGGGAAGGACGACAUUAUGCAUGAACUGCAGAAAAUCACGUCCAGAAAGGAUUUCUUCAGUUACAGCAUGUUUAUGUGCUUCAUUGCGACCCACGGGAACAUUGAAGGAUUCAACACCAGUGAUGAACACACGAUCCCUUACCAAGAUUUAUUUAAAAUGGUCUCCAAAAACGUUUGGAAAGAUUUCAUGGACAAACCAAAGAUUUUCUUCAUAGACACGUGUCGCACGCGCAUGGACAAAAGAGGUUUGUAUCCAAAAGAUCUGAAGAUACAGGAACUGUCGUUGAACGAGCUAUCUGUAAAAUGGACACCUCCAGAAUUGUUUGAACAUUUCGAGUUGAACUACUUGGUGAACGUAUAUGAAUUCGAUCAGAACAAAGUGUACGUCAAAAAACAUGAAAUUGUUUCCCAGGAACCCAGUUGUUUGCUCAGUGAUCUUAAUGCGAUGACAACCUACAAAAUAAGUGUCUGGCCAGUGCUAGCAAAGACACAGAAAAAGAAGGGCUGGCCCAAUCACACAAAAUAUAUCAUUCAAGACGUAGAGGAACCAAGAGAAAUCCAAAUGGUAGCAGCUUCCACUCAUUCAAUAACAAUAUCAUGGUGGCUGGAGAAUGACGUAGAGGGACAGAAAUUUAUAGCUAAAUGCAGAAAGAAAACUGGGGGAGAUGAAAUUUCCGAGCAGCUCGAAAUUGUUCCAGGGCAACAACAGACCCAUAUGAUAGAUUACCUCAGUAGCAAUACUAACUACCUCGUUGGAAUUUACAUUGGUUCUACGGUAUAUCUUCCGGAAGUCCAAUUCAAAACAAAAGCUAAAAUACAGCCACAGAACCUGAUAUUUGAGGAUGUGCAAUCUUUUGAAGUCGUUGUUUCCUGGGAGCCGCCUCUACAGGAAUACCAUGGAAUAUCGCACUACUUGGUGGAGUACAGAUCCAAGUUUAUUAUUGACUUUGUUGAAGUGCCUGCGAGGCCCAUAUCAAAGAAAUAUGAAUGCAAACUUUCAGACAUGGAGCCUGAUAUAUUAUACAAAAUAAGAGUUUAUGCAGAAAAGGAUAAAGGAAGAGGCGACCCCACAGAUUUCAUACAAUGUCGAACCCCAAAGGUUGGUCCAACAGACUUGGAGAUAAAAACCGACACAACAACGAUAUCAGUGUUCUGGAAUGAAGCCGUGCUUCCCAGUGAAAAAUCUAAAACAAUUUACAGACUAUCACUACGUUAUGACGGCGUUCUUAUAACCAACGGUGCUGUGUUUCGAUCCAAGAAAAAGGAACCGCUCCAUAAGUAUAGCUGUAAGUUUUCAGAUCUAUGGACUGGAACACCGUACAAGUUAACAAUAUUAACAGUGUCUGAUGACCAGAUCUGGGAUCCACCUAUCAUAAUGGAAGUUAAGACGAGGAAAGACAGGAACAGGACGAGCUUAGAACCAAGAGACAACAACUUCUACAUUGUGUAUGGCGACUCCUUGUCCGGUACUGCAAAAGGCACGGACUGCUGGUUUCUGAAUUCAGUGAUAAAACAUCUCAGAAAUAAAUACUUGCAACAUAACCUUGAGGAUAUUGUAGGCUUCGUGAUGGAGGACCUUCCAAAGAGACAAAAGAAAAAAAUGCGGGAACCUGUCAUCGUCUCAACAAUACAGUCCAUAAUCCCGAUCUAGUUACUGUCAGCAAAAUACAUCAUUACAAUCUAGUUAAAAUCAGCAGGUUACAUAAUUACAAUCUAGUUACAAUCAGCAGGUUACCUAAUUAUAAUCUAGUUACAAUCAGCAGAAUACAUAAUUACAAUCUAGUUACAAUCAGCAGGUUACAUAAUUACAAUCUAGUUACAAUCAGCAGGUUACCUAAUUAUAAUCUAGUUACAAUCAGCAGAAUACAUAAUUACAAUCUAGUUACAAUCAGCAGAUUACAUAAUUAUAAUCUAGUU